CCUUCAUCGUCUUCGUCUUCUUCCUCGUACUCGAAGCAACUCUGCUAGCAUACAUGUUCACUUCCUGACUGAGUUGUCUCUGUACAACAUUUCCUUUUCUCCUUUCGUCACACUUUUCUCACUGUUUUAUUUUCUUCUCGCCUAAUUCUGAUUACAAAAAUUAGGGUUUUUUUUUUCCGAUUCCUUCCUAGGUGACUUGGUUUUAGCUCCUUGUGUACAUACGUAGAUCUUCAAGAGUUGUAAGUUCCACCAAUGGAUAAAGCAGAGAAGGUUUGCAAAUCAAUAGAGGAACUUAGAUGUGGUGCUUACGGAAUGUUGUCCUGCGUCGCUUAUCUGAAAGGUGUACUGAAGCAUAAUAUGAUGGUUGAAGUCAAAAAUCAGAGUAGGUCUCGAGAGCUGCAGAAUCUGAGCUCAGACCUUGAACAAAAGGUUGGAGCUUUCGAGAAGGAGAAGUCUGAAGCUGGUAACUUGAAGAAGUUGGUGGAAGAGUGUGGGGAAGAGCUGAAGGUGAAGAGAAAUGAGCUGGCGGCAAGGGAGAAACGGUGGGAGCAUUUGGCUGGGCUUCAAAGGCUUUGCAGCGAGGAGACGGAUAAAAAGAAGGACGAGUGGGCGUUGGUUCUUGAGAAGAUUAAAGAAUCUGAGAAGCAGCUUGCGAUGUUGGACGAGCAGCUUGAGAUGAAGUCAGUGGAGUUAGCUUCUAGAGAGAAGGAGCUGGGAGUUGUGAGAGAGUCUAUUGAGCUUUCAAAUUCUGAGCUUGAGCUGAAAAAGAAGAUGGUUAACUCUCUAAACAAGGAAAUAACAGUUUGUGCUCGAAAUAUUGACUCCAAGUCCAAAGAACAUGUGGGAAUCCGGAAGCUGAUUGAGCAGGAGACUGUAGAUAAAGAAAAGGAGCUAGAUCUGUUUAAGAAUCAGAUAGAGUCAGAGGAGAAGAAACUCGCUCAACUUAAGAGAGAAAUGAAGGAGGUUAAGGAAGAUUUAGAGCUGACUCUUUCCAAGACUGACGAAUCUGUCCAGCAGCUUGCGUCUUUGAAUGAGCAACUUGACCUGAAAUCCAAAGAGUUGGAGGAGAUUGAAAGAGAGCUCAAGUUGAAGAGACAAAUGAACACUGUGUUUGUUAAGCGUGAGAAGGAGCCAAUCAGUGACAGCAGCCAACAACAAAAUGCAGAAGAAGAAGAAGCUGAACCGAUAGAUACUUUCACGCUUCAAGGAAUCUCAGCUUCUCUUCUGCGUCAUGAGAUCUCCAGCCUUCUUAGAGAUACACGUAAUCCAGCAGAAUUCGUUCUGGAACGAGUGCAGGACGAAAUUAGACAAGGGUCAAGUUUUCAGGACACGUUCUUGGAGACUUUGGUUCUUAUUUUUGAGGAGCUAGCCAAAGUUCAACAACUGGAUGAGGUAGACAAGUCUCAGCUGCUGCUGCAGCUCCAAGCCACAGAAGUGGCAACUCUGUGGAAAGAAAAGAUAACUAUAGAAGAAGCUCCAAAAUCAUCUCUCGAGGCCUUGGCCUUUCUUCUGUUCAUCAUGGCAUUUAAUUUAAAGACACUGAUCAACGAAGAAGAAACUGCUUUGCUUGCUUGGUCUAUUGCGCAGUACGAACAGGCUCCUAUACUCUUUGAGUAUCUGAGUAUCAACCUUAUCAUCCGAGAGGUUGUUGAAGAGCUUAUAAAGAAAAGCGAAUAUAUUUCUGCAGUCAAGCUUAUAUGUUUGUUUACACUGGAUAAAGAGGUAUCAGUCUCACCCUCAGAGCUCUUAAAGAAAGAGAUCAUCAGUUUCAGACGUUCUGCACUGGAAAACAGAUCCAGUGAAUCCUCCUCCCAGGCGAAAGAGAAAGAUUGGGGAAGACUGAGAGCUAUACUUGAACUCGUGGCGGAUUACAAGCUUGAAAUAGAUAUUCCAGGGGACCUCGUCGCCAAGCUGAUGGUUGAAGGAGAAAGGUCAGUCCCUCUAGUUAGUUUCUUUGUCGAGCAUGACACCUCCUCAUCAUCAGCCCCACAAGCUGAGUUGCAGAAGAAACAGUUGGGAGUGAAAGCUGUGCUUGUGGAGCAUACUGGUGUGGAUGAAGAGACUCUUGGUACAGCUGAUGUUAAUCCCAACAACGAAACAUCUAACCCCAAGCAUCCUCCUCCAAUCAUCCACACAUAUCAGAGGAGAAGGAACUGAAGAAAAAGGUUACACUCAAGCUAAUUAAGUGUUAAAAUAGCCGUAGUUUAUAUGACUGUGUGUAUGAUGUUAAAACAAAACUAAUAUGCAUCUUGAAAGUCCUAACGAUAUGGUCUGUAAGGCUUAACUAGUAGAAACUAAACAGAGAGUAUGCGUAUCGGUAUUAAGUCCUUCUUGGUAUGUCUUUUGGCACUGGUUAGAUUUCUAAACGGUGACUCAGUUAUAUAUCACCAGUAUUUUUUAUGGUAAACGUUAUCUUUUUAA